GGGCUGAGGGCGUGGGCGGGAACAAAUGGCUCACGUGGACCCUGGGCCUCAACUGUCUUGGAGAGUUUGUAAGCCGCCAGGGCUGCUGUGCUUCGGGUCUGGUCUCCAGAUAAGCAGAGUGGUGGGGAGAAAAGAGAGGCAAAAAGCCCUCUCAGGUUUGAGAGAAGUCAUGAGCCGUUUCCUGAAUGUGUUACGAAGCUGGCUGGUUAUGGUGUCCAUCAUAGCCAUGGGGAACACACUGCAGAGCUUCCGAGACCACACGUUUCUCUAUGAAAAACUCUACACCGGCAAGCCAAACCUUGUGAAUGGCCUCCAAGCUCGGACCUUUGGGAUCUGGACGCUGCUCUCAUCAGUGAUCCGCUGCCUCUGUGCCAUAGACAUCCACAACAAGACGCUCUACCACGUCACACUAUGGACCUUCCUGCUCGCCCUGGGGCACUUCCUCUCUGAGUUGUUUGUAUAUGGGACUGCGGCUCCCACGAUUGGCGUCCUGGCACCCCUGAUGGUGGCAAGUUUCUCAAUCCUGGGUAUGCUAGUCGGGCUCCGGUACCUAGAAGCAGAACCCGUAUCCAGACAGAAGAGAAACUGAGGCCAAAAUUACUACCCCCAAGACAUCAUCUUCCACCUUGGCUGUCCUUUUCCUUUUUCCUCUCUGCUCUUUCAUUUCUUUUAUGCUCCAUCGUCAGCUUCCUUAUCCACUUCUAGCCUUUUACUUUUUUUUUUCGUUUAAGAAUUUUGAAGAUAAGACAUGUAUACAGAAAAGUAUAUAACAUGUAUGUGUAUGUACAAUCUAAAGAACCAUUUAAAAGUGAAUACUCUGUACUCCCAUCCAGAUCAAGAAAUUGCCAGCACCUCCGAAGCCCUCAGUGUGCCCUUCCCCGGCAGCCUCCUGCUGGAUCCCUUCUCCAGCCUCCUGCUUUUUUCCUUUUAUUUUUAUCCCUUGAUUUGACUUGUGCGGUGGGAACAUGUGAACUGUGAAACAAAGCUGCUGCCUCACCCAGAGCAGCUUCCACCAAGGGCUGCUUCAAGGGGUCGUCCACCCCACUGGGGCUCCUCUCUGCUGCUGGACCCAAGACUCUGAACCAUCCGAGGGACAGGGAGUUCUUCAAAGAAGGGCUCCCCUGUGAGUGAGCAUGACUCAAAAAUCCUUGUAUCUACAGAUUGAUCAGGGUUGGAAGAGUCUGGGCUGUUUUUAGACCUUCUGGUCAGCUGUAUUUGUGUAACAAAUUUUGUAAUAAAUAGAAAAACCCUC